CACAAGUUCAACUACUAGUACAAGAGCUGCGUUUCCAAAGAGAAGGAGCGAACGGUCAGCAUGGCCGCUCACAAGAUUGCCUUCCUGGUGCUCGCCAUCCUCUGUGGUGUGCUGCUGCUGACAGACGUUGUAUCUGCCAAGAAGAAGUCGAAGGAUGUCACGGAACUUCAGAUUGGUGUGAAGUUCAAGCCUGAGGUGUGCUCCAUCAAAGCCUCCAAGGGUGACCAAGUGUCGGUGCACUAUCGGGGGAGCCUGACUGAUGGUUCCCAGUUUGACGCAAGCUACGAUCGUGGUGCGCCAUUUGAUUUCAAGCUCGGUGCUGGCCAAGUCAUCAAAGGUUGGGAUCAGGGCAUUGCUGGGAUGUGCAUAGGCGAGAAGCGCAAGCUCCGGAUCCCCUCCAGCUUGGGGUAUGGUGACCAUGGUUCUCCACCAAAGAUUCCAGGCGGGGCUACUCUCGUUUUUGACACUGAGCUGAUCGCAAUCAACGGGGUUGAUAAGGACCCUGCAGCAAAAGCACAGGAGUUGAGAUAGAUUGGCUAGAUCGGCUUAAAAUUGAGGUGCAGUUACAGAGAGCAUUAAAUGCUUUCUCCUGCAGGCCUAGUCGCGAUUGCAGACCAUAUCAGUUCUUCAUUUGAAACACUUGCGAUUUCUUGGACAUCUUGGUGGUCGUAUGGAUGUCGUGCGAUAUUCACCUUCAUGAUAUGUCACGUGUCGCCUAGUCACAACAUUGAUUCGAGAUUGUAGUCUUCUGAGUCUGUGAUAGCAGCUUUGUUAUUGCACGCUAAGUAUCUCUUGCAUGUUCCUGACAAACGCGCAUCCUUGCGAUUACCAUCUGAGG